UCUCUAUCGGGACACGUGCUGCCCUUGCUUCCAAGUCCGCUGCCUGCUUUCGUGACGUGGCGAUCGGUUGAAUCUGUGAAAUUUUAUUUCCACUUAGAUGACCGUAGAGACGAUGAAAAUACAGGGAAAAGUAAAUGAAAUUAACAAAUAUUGAAAAUUGCUGCGUGCAAGUUCCUCGUUCUGGGUGUGGUGUCUUGUUUACCAUCAGAGGGCAUUUCCUAAAGAAAAAACACCAUGCAUGGUUUGACGGAGGAGCAGAAACGUCGCAUGGAGGAGAGUCGAAAGGCGGCCUUGGAGCGUCGAGCGGCCAAGCUCAAGGAGCAGCCUCAACCCCCUUCGCUCCCCACACAGCCCAAGGAGCAGUCAAAACCACUCACAUUUGCCACCAAGCUGAAGGACCAGACGCAACCACCAGCCCUCGCCUCCCCGCCCAAGAUGCCCCGGUUGGCGGCACCUGCGAAGAAUGAGGAGGUGCGUCCCGUGAAGGGGGUGUGUCGGCUGGUGAGCCGGGACCGCUUCGUCGUGGAUGUGCCCUACCACGAACAGCUCAUCCAUAUCUUCAAGACCAUGCCUAGUCGAAUGUAUGAUCAAAAGGAUAGGAAGUGGGGAUUUUCAUUGAAAGAUCAUGAUGACCUGAAAAAAGCUGUUGCUGCCUUGGGGCCCAAAGUUUCAUUUGCUCCACUCCCUCCCAGUGUUCUCCAGGUGUUUCUGAAAGCCCCCUCAAAAGAAGCAAUUCCAGACUAUGAUUUGAGUUCCAUCGAUGAGAAAUUGUCCCAGGCUCUCCUUCCGUUUCAAAGAGAAGGAGUCUGGCAGCACAAGGUAACAGUUGGUGGUCAGGUCCCAGGAAUGGCCUCCGGUUUUGGGAUCUGGAAGGAAGGCCGACUGCUGAUAGGUGAUGACAUGGGACUGGGGAAGACACUUCAAGCCCUUGGUAUUGCCGCUUACUAUUGCAAGGAAUGGCCCCUUCUUAUUGUUGCUCCUUCUUCCGUUCGAUAUGCAUGGCUGCAGAGCAUUCAGCAAUGGCUUCCCAGCGUCCCAAGUGACAAGAUCCAGGUCAUUCACACCGGGAAGGAGCCACUGUCGACCUCGUUGCUGGUCCUGAUCACGAGCUAUGACCUGAUGUCUCGGCGAAAGGACGAGCUGAGGUCUCGUCGCUUUCAGGUCGUCGUCAUGGACGAAUCCCAUCUGCUCAAGAGCAUCAAGAGCGGUCGGACCAAAGUGGCGAUGCCGAUCCUCAGGGCCGCCAAGCGUGCCAUCCUGUUGAGCGGGACGCCAGCCCUCUCUCGUCCCGUGGAGCUCUUCAACCAGUUGAAUGCUGUGGACCCACGACUCUUCCCCAGCUAUCAGGACUUUGGGGUGCGCUACUGCGACGGGAAGGAGGGACCUUUCGGCUGGGACUUCUCGGGUUCCUCUCACAUGUCGGAGCUGCAGCUGCUCAUGGAAGAGCGGAUCAUGAUCCGUCGACUGAAAUCCGAAGUCAUCUCUCAGCUCCCAGCGAAACGAAGGCAAAUGGUGAUGCUGGAUCCAUCGGAAGUCAAGAACAAUAGUCGCGAGAUGAAGCAUUUCUCCAAGAUGUUGAAAAGUGCAACAUUGAAGACCACUGAGAAAAGAAGUCAACUGCUGCAGUAUUUUAGAGAAACAGCCCAAGCAAAGCUCAAGGCUGUCUGUGAUUACAUCUUGGAUCUGGUGGCAUCAGAUCGCAAAUUCCUGUGCUUUGCUCACCACCACUCCAUGAUGGAUGGCCUCUGUGAGGCUCUGGAUAAGAAGGAGGUCAAAUACAUCCGGAUCGACGGGUCCACGAAUCCCGAGACGCGCCAGUUCCUCUGCGACAAGUUCCAGUACAACGACGCCCACAGAGCCGCCAUCCUCUCGAUCACGGCUGCCAGCCAGGGCCUGACGCUCACUGCAGCUCAGCUGGUUGUCUUUGCAGAACUCUUCUGGAAUCCUGGUUUGCUGACCCAAGCCGAGGACCGGGCGCAUCGCAUCGGCCAGGAGGACUGCGUGAUCGUCCAGUACCUUCUGGCCGAAGGCACGGCGGACGAUCACCUCUGGCCGAUGAUCCAGCGGAAACUGGACGUCCUCCACCUGGCGGGACUCAGCAACGACGACUUCAGGGAUGCCGACACCACUCGCGUCGGGGUGAGCCGGUGUUUCUUUCGUCGUUUCUGUGCAUGA